UCGUACUCUCAUCCUAAGAACAUGUCUCUGACACCAAAAUCUCAUGUUUACAUUUUCCUUCUUGUUGUUCUUUUCGCUUAUUCUCUCACAGGAACAGCUCCUGAAGAAUUUGAAUCUCCUCUUCUUGAUAUUCUCCGCAACCAUGGCCUCCCAGCAGGACUCUUCCCUCGGAGUGUGAAAUCAUUCGAAUUAGAUCAAAUGGGUCGUUUAGAAGUAUACUUGGAUCGUCCUUGUUUGGCUCAGUAUGAAACAGCAGUGUUCUUCGACAGUGUUGUUAAAGCCAACCUUAGUUUCGGACAGCUUAAGGUUUUGCAAGGCAUGUCUCGUGAAGAGCUUUUCCUAUGGCUUCCGGUUAAAGAUAUCAUUGUGGCUGAUCAAAAUUCUGGUCUCAUCAUCAUUGAUAUUGGUUUUGCCUAUAAACGACUUCCUUUCUCUCGCUUUGAAGAACCCCCAACUUGUAGAUCUAAUCGAGGUCUCUCUUUUGGCAUGGGUGGAAGGAAGGGUAAAGGAUGGGUUAACUUUUUUCAAAUUUGGGGUUUCUUUGUAUGAAAAAUUAUGUUAAUGUACAAAAUGUACAACUUAUAUAAAAUCAUAUAAUGCCAUUGAAUAAUUACUAAAAUUUAAUCUCUGAGUAUUGAUAUAUC